UCUUCUCCGUUGCGCUGUUUUCGAUUUUCCAGCUCCGCAUCCUUUUUUUCUUCUCGUCGUUUCUUGUUGUUUGGGUUUUCGCACCGACUGUACAUGUUGUGUUAGUGGGGGAACUUAGUGCACUUACUUCUAUCUAGAUAUGUUUCUUAUAGAGGGCAAGCCGUCUAAAUCCGAAUAAUGACGGUAUGAACGAAGCUUUACUACUUCUUCUUCUGCUCUUCAAUACCACAUAUGCCACUUUCGUUCGAAAUGACAGCUGUGAAAUCAAGUUUCUCACCAGACAGGCCCCGUCAUCCGGAUUGACAUUUGAUGCCUCCCAGGUGACAUACGAGGUUUAUCAUAAGGUUGUAAACAACGAUUUAUUCAGAUUCGUGAACAUUUCACGGGAAAUUAUAACACAGAGAAAGGAAGUGGUAGGUGUUAUAAUAACCAAAACCAAAGAAUAUAACUUGGCUCUAAACAUCUCUGGACGACUCAAGGUGUUUCCGACUAGGACUUCAGAAACCGAAGGAUUCUGGAGAAGUUUCGCUGAGAGUAAAACUGGCUGGACGCCACUGUUCAUGGAUUGUUAUUUUUUCCGGAACCAAUGGUUUUACGGAUACGUGUUGAAGACUUCGGAUAUCAGCAUAGGACUUUUUGUGAGGGUUAAUCUGAAUCCUUGCGAUGACAGUCUGGAAGGGAUAUUGCCAAGAAAUAAAUGUCACAAUGAAUCAACCACAUGCGAACCAAUUCCUGCCGAAGAGGACGAGGAAAAUGAGGAGGGUUAUCGAUGCGUUUGUCGACCUGGCUACUUCAACCCACAGUCUUCCAACCAAAGCUGGAAAGGGUUCACAAAUGCCGAUGGUGACGAUGAAAUCGAUUCCUAUGUCGAUUCUCUUCGAUGUAUACAAAGAUCUCCUCUUACGUGCGAUGGAACAAAUGGAUCAUGCUUGGUUUCUGUUGAUGUAUUUCUGAAAACGAUAAUUUUCACCAUUCAUUUAGGUUGCAUGGCUCUCACAGUCAUCCUUGGUGUAUUAGUCUUCAAACAUCGAAAAGCAAAAGCAAUUUCGACCGGUAUGUGGACCAUUUUAGAGAUUAUACUUCUCGGAGCCUGCAUUUUAUAUUCAACCAUACUAGUAAAGUUCUUCGAGUUCUCCCCGAUCCAGUGCUUCCUGGAGCCCUGGGCACGCGAGAUGGGCUUCAUCAUCUGCUACGGUGCCAUAAUCCUCAAGCUCUACCACCACCUGAUCGAAUUUCGCACAAGGAAGGCCCACAGAUGGGUGGUCAAAGACACCGAUCUCCUCAAAUACCUGCUGAUCAUGACGUUCUCCGUGUUCGCAUACAUGGCCGCCUUCACCGCCUUCAUGCUCAACUUCAGACAGGAGAAUUACGAUUUGCUGGUGGAGGAAACCGUAGUGGUGGACGGAUCCAGAUACCAGACCUGCAAACCUCUCCUGUGGGAUUUUGUAACCGAGACGGGAGAGCUCAUAAUAUUGAUAUUCGGGAUUCAUAUCAGUUACGCAACAAGGAACGCAAGGACGCAAUUUCACGAAAGAAACUUCUUAUGUGCAGCCAUCAGCUUAGAAUUAGCAGUAAGCACAAUUUUUUACAUAAGCCGAGUCUCAAUACUGCCAGGUCUACAUCCCGACUACAUCAUGAUUGUAUGUUGUGUGCGGACUCAAAUUUCUACCACAAUUACUUUGUUACUUGUUUUCCUUCCGAAGUUCUGGUACCAACAAAAACAAGUCAGGACACUGGCUCAGGAAUAUUCAUGCAGAGUGGAUGCUUUCAAAGAUAUCAACGCCCAUGGUCCACUAGCCAGCCACAACAGUGACGUCGAAGUUGGGGAGUUCACGUUGGCUGAUAUGUCGCCGGAUGACAUAAGAGCGGAACUGAAGAGACUCUACCUACAGUUGGAAAUUUUCAAGAGUAAAACCAUCUGCAGAGAUAAUCCUCACAUAUCCAAGAGACGUGGUGGCAGGAAAGCUGCUCACAGAAGGUUCAGUUUGCAGAACCUUCACAGUAAAAAGAACCAAAAGCGAGAAGAUUCGAUGACAGAGCCGGAACCAUCAAGAACACCUGAAGAUUCUGUAUGCAGCAUUGAAGGGCCUAGUGGAAUUUACCAAGAAUUAUUGCUAUCCACAAACUGAAUAGUUCAAGAAAUGGGAAUUUAGUUCACAAUGAAAAUACUGGAAGUUGAUUAAAGUUUCUCGAAGUGAUAGAUUUGAUGGAUUGCUACCAAAACUCAUUUAUUGAAAUUUGAAUUUUCGAAUAUCUUUAUGUCCCAUUUCCAAUCAUCAAUUGUAGUGUCAUAAAAUCAAAACACUCGAAAGAAGUACCAGCAGACGCCAGUUCUUGACGAAAUAUCGAAAACACUGCUUCGUAGUGUUACCACAACUUAAAAUCUCAAUCCAUAUCCGAAAAUUUCAGGAAAAUGUGGUCCUGCUUUUCUCUUGUAUUUCCACAUCUAGAAUGUACCUGUAGAUAAAUCUAGUAAGUUGUCUAAUUGUUAUAAUUAUAAGUGAAUUGAAAUAUUUUGUACAAUGAAUGAAAAAAAUUGUAAUAAUUAGUCAUCGAAGAAAUUCGUCCCUCUCAUUGAAAUUAAUUUUGAAUGCUUGUAGAUCAUUCUAGAUAAUGAAUUUAUAUCAUGGGAAUUAUGAACAUAAUGAUUUAUAUACAUUUCGAAUUGAAAAAAAUAUGAAUAAGCUAGAAAAAUUUCUUGAAAGUAUUUGUUAUUGAUCGAAUUACAGAAAUAAAGUGUU